UUUGGAGCGCUAUCAGUGCGCUGGAACGCCACUAGUGCUCCAGUGUUCAUAUAGCGCACUUAUGCUGCUCAAGUCGUCCUCCUCUGAUGCUCAAGUCUACACGUAGCACACUUAAUGCUGCUCAAUUCGUCCUCCUCGGAUGUUACUCCAAUGCAAAUAUCUUGGCCGAGUUUUUGGAACGUGCACGGAUGUGUUCAGGAGACAGAGCCAGAGAGACAGCACCUGCGAGCGAUCUGAUUUACAUUUUGUCAAUUUCGGUUCAUUCACAACUUGAGAGUGUGAUACGGAGUGUUUUUUUUAAUGACUGUCCCCAGCCAAUCACAGCCGGAACUGCGGUCACCGUAGCUCAGCCAAGCGCAUCUGUCUCCGGCCGCUCCAGUCCAGUUGACCUGAUCCCCGAACCAAACCAACAGCACAUCUUCAACACGGAAUAUUGGACGUGGUUUGACUUGAAUUACGGAUCAUUCGCACUUCUUUCACAACUUUUAAAACAACAAUCACCCUAGAAAUCAGAGCAUGGAGAUGGUUUUCAUCAGAGUGGCUCUGCGCGCUUUGAUAGUCGUUUGUCUUUUGGAUAAGGGGGUGGUGGACUCCAACGAGAUCCUGGGCCUGAAGCUACCCAACAUCGACCCCAUCCUCAACGCCAACACAGUGUGCCUGACACUGUCGGGCUUGAACCGCCGCCAGCAGGACGUCUGCAUGCGCAACCCGGACGUCACGGCCUCCGCCAUCCAGGGCAUCCAGAUCGCCAUCCACGAGUGCCAGCACCAGUUCAGAGGUCACCGCUGGAAUUGCUCCAGCCUGGAGACACGCAACAAGAUCCCCUAUGACAGCGUGGUCUUCAAACGAGGCUUCCGUGAGAGCGCCUUUGCCUACGCCAUCGCGGCGGCGGGCGUGGUGCACGCCGUGGCCAAUGCCUGCUCCAUGGGCAAGCUGAAGGCUUGCGGCUGUGACGACAAGCGGCGCGGCGACGAGGAAGCAUUCCGCAUCAAGCUGCACCACCUGCAGAUGGAGGCCAUCCACCGGGGCAAGGGCAUGGUGCACGGGGUGAUGGAGCACUUCCCCGCCGAGCUGCCGGGGCCCCAGGACUCCUGGGAGUGGGGCGGCUGCAGCCCCGACGUGGAGUUCGGGGAGAAGUUCUCGCAGGACUUCCUGGACGCCCGUGAGACCUACAAGGACAUCCAUGCGCGCAUGAGGCUGCACAAUAACAGAGUUGGGAGGCAGCGCACUCCAUCCUUCGCGCUACCCGUCCCCCCUUUCCCCGACCAUGCCGCCCCGACCCCGUCCCGUACCCCGCCAGAUAGAAGCCGUCUGCAGGAGGAAUGCAGUGUGUUCCUCUCUGCAGCGCUGCAGUGGGGGCCCCGUUUCUGCUCCGUGUGGUGGGACGGGGGCCGGGGCUCGUUGUGUGACAGUCUGCUUUGCAAACGCUGUGAACUGAGGGAAACCACCUCAGCAGUAAUAACAAGAGGCACGUCGGGCCACCGGGACGUGUGCAUCUGUCUCAGCAGCUGCCUCAUCCUGCAGCAGGCCGCAGAGCAGCAGCAUGCAUUCCGCUUGCCUACCUACAGGGAAGAGGGCAUGGAAUGGAGAGGGCGCUCCACCGGGCUACCAUCCGACCUCUGA